GUUUUGAAAUCGUUUCGCGACCGUCCGCGCAUCGAUCGACAUUUUUCUCCAUGAAAAAUUGGAAAAUUACGCAGCUUCAAAAAUGAAUAAAGGAAAAAUUACGUUCGGAAAAAUCCAGCUAAAAAGUGCAGCACCUGCCACCGCAACUAGCGCCCCAGAUGCCUCGGCAUCCGGCUUCGGUUCGUUUGGUCGCAUCGAACCACCGCCGGAACCUGGCCCAUCCAGCAGCAAGCCAUCCUCUUCCGCGGAUGUGGACAAAAUCGCUUCGGAUCUGGAAAACAGCCGCAUGCAGGAACUGAUGGGCAUUUCGGGAUUUGGCCGCAAGGCCCAGCAGUUCGACAUCAACGAGAUGAUCCAGGCCGCGCGGAAGAAUGCCCCGCGGGCCGAGGUGGACACGGCCGCCAUUCAGAAGGAGGAGUCUGAGGAUGAGGAGGAGGAAGACGAUGAGGUUAUUGGGCCGUUGCCGGGGGUGGUGGCCGCUGGCGCGGCCACGUUGGCGACGACGGUUGGAAGGAAGAAGGAAAGGGGGAGUGACGAGGAGGAGGACUCUGAUGAGGAUGAUGAUGACGAUGAUUUCGAUGAGGACGCGCCGAUUAAUAAGAUUCCAAAUUCUCAUGAAGUUGAGAUGCGGCACGGGUCGAAGGCGGUCAUUUCGUUGGCGGCGGAUCCUUCUGGAGUUCGGUUGGCAACCGGGUCGGUGGAUUACAAUUUGAACUUUUGGGACUUUUCCGGGAUGGACAAGUCGAUGAAGAGCUUCCGGAGUUUGCAGCCGUGCGAGAACCAUCCGAUUCGGGAUUUGCACUAUUCCGGGACGGGGGACAUGAUUUUGGUCAUUUCUGGGAGUUCGCAGGCGAAGGUGCUGGACCGGGAUGGGUUCGAGAAGAUGGAGUGCGUGAAGGGAGAUCAGUACAUUACGGAUAUGACGAGGACGAAGGGUCACGUGGCCGGGUUGACCGGUGGCAGUUGGAACUACAUCAAGAAGGAGGAGUUUUUGACUAGCGCGAUGGACUCGACGCUGAGGACGUGGGUAUUUGCGAGGUCAAAGGAACAGAAGAACGUGAUUAAGACGCGAGCCCAAGGCGGGUUGAAGACGGUUCCGACGACCUGCGCUUAUAACCGGGAUGCCACGCUGAUUGCAGCGGGUUGUAGUGACGGUUCCAUCCAGACUUGGGACACACGCAGGAUGUUCGUCAACACGACGCAUUGUGUCCGUGACGCCCACGCCAAGGGAAGUGACAUUUCAUCGGUUCUGUUCUCGUACGCAGGGCAGAUGUUGGCCACGCGAAGCACCGACGAAACGCUUAAACUCUGGGAUCUUCGAGCGUUCAAGAAGCCUCUGCACGUGUUUGAAAAUCUCUUCUCCCGGUACGACACAACCGACUGCUGCUUCAGCCCGGACGACACCAUGAUCCUAACCGGAGAGUCCCUCCCGAAGGGACAGAAGCAAGCCAAUCUCUACUUCUUCGACACGAAAACGUUCGAAACAGUCACCACGAUUCCAAUCACCGAUUCCCACCUGGUCCGCGUCCAUUGGCACCCCAAACUCAACCAGGUCUUUGUCGGUUGCGGCAACGGAAUCAUCCGCGGCCUGUACGACGAAAAGCGAUCGAUGCGCGGCGCCAAACUGUGCGUCGUCCGCACGUACCGCAAAAAGAAGGACGUCCAAAUGGUGGGCAGCACGCAGGUCAUCACGCCGCACGCCCUCCCGAUGUUCCGCCAGGAAAAGUCCCGCUCACACCGGAAGAAGCUCGAAAAGGACCGCAUGGAUCCGGUGAAAUCGAAGCGACCGGAUCUCCCGAUCACCAGCGGUCAGGGUGGUCGAGUGGCCAGUUCCGGCGGAACACUUUCCUCGUACGUCAUCCGGAAUCUGGGCUUGAGCAAGCGCGUCGAAGACGACCAGGAUCCGCGCGAGGCGAUUCUCAAGUACGCGAAGGAAGCGGCCGAAAAUCCGUACUGGAUCUCGCCGGCGUACACGAAGACGCAGCCGAAGCCGAUUUUCAACGCGGAAGACGAGCCGGACAGUAAGAAGCCGAAGACGGAGUAAAAUUAAGAUUAAUGGAGUUUCUGACCUCAUGUUUCCAAAUGUGAAAAAGUUGAAUGUUUCCACAUUUAGUUUUCGUUUAUCAGUCGAAAAUCUUGUUAAUUUUAAAUAAAAUCAUUGCUAGAAUAGUUACAAUAAAUGUCGGUCACCCUAAUCCAAAA